AUGGACAGCGACCACGCGGGCAGGUACCGCCUGAGCGUGGCCACCAGCCCGCCGCGCUGGGAGGUCGGCAUCUAUGCCGCGGGCGCACUGGCGCUGCUGGGGAUCGCGGCCAUCAACCUGUGGAAGCUCUGGCGCUCCGGCAGCUACCCGGCGCCGUCCCCCUUCCCCAACUAUGACUACCGCUACCUGGAGCAGAAAUACGGGGCGGCGUGCUCGGAUGUCAAGCACAAGCGUGGGGCCGCCGUGGGCUCGCAGCGGGGGCUGGGGAAGACGUCGCCCAUCCGCCAAGCCAGCCUGCAGGCGGCUGACACCUUCGAGAGCAUCAACGAGCUGGGGAGCCUGGAGCUGAUGAGCAAAGACCUGGGGCUGGCCCCCUACGGCCCCUUGAAGAAAUCCAUCUCGGCCGACUCGCUCAGCUCCAUCUCCUCCAUCGGGAACAACUUUGGGCAGGACAUCACCGUGGGGCAGGUGGAGGUGUCCAUGGAGUACGACGGGAAGGCGGCCACCUUGCACGUGACGCUGCUGCAGGGCAAGGACCUGCUGGAGAAGGAGGACACGCGUUUCGAGUCCUGCUUCAUGCGCAUCAGCCUGCUGCCGGCCGAGCAGAUCGUCGGCAUCUCCCGGAUCCAGCGGAGCGCCUACGCUGUGGCCUUCGACGAGCGCUUCUCCAUCCCGCUGGACCCGGCGGCGCUGGAGGAGAACAGCCUGCGCUUCUCCGUCUUCGGCAUCGACGAGGACGAGAGGAACGUCAGCACCGGCGUGGCCGAGCUCAAGCUGUCCGACCUGGACCUGGCCCUGCGCCCCUUCAACGCCUGGCUCUACCUGCAGGACAUGAACAAGGCGGUGGACACGGUGGGGGAGAUCCUGCUGUCUCUGAGCUACCUGCCCACAGCCGAGCGCCUGACGGUGGUGGUGGUCAAAGCCAAAAACCUCGUGUGGACCAACGGCAAAGUGACCGCAGAUCCCUUCGUCAAAGUCUACCUGCUGCAGGACGGGAGGAAGAUCAGCAAGAAGAAGACGGCGGUGAAGAGGGACGACAACAACCCCUUGUUCAACGAGGCCAUGAUCUUCUCAGUGCCAGCCAUUGUGCUCCAGGACCUGUCCCUGCGGGUGACGGUGGCGGAGAGCGGCGAGGACGGCCGCGCCGACAACACGGGCCACGUCCUCAUCGGCCCGGCGGCCAGCGGCAUGGGCAUCACCCACUGGAACCAGAUGCUGGCCACGCUGAGGAAGCCCGUGUCCAUGUGGCACCCGCUGCGGAGGAACUAA